AUGGCGGAGGCCUCCGAGCCCGGGAGGCCAGAGUCCGCCGGCAGCGGGAGCCUGGAGGAGGACGAGGAGGACGAGGAGCGGGAGCCUCUGCUGCCGCGGAUCGCCUGGGCCCAGCGGCGGAAGGUCGCUCCGGGGGGCGCCGUGAGGCUGGAGACGGCUGCCGGGGAGGAAGGUGCGGCCUCCCCUAGCCAGGCCAGCGACCGGGAACUGCCGCUUCUGCCCCGGGAUGCGUCUUUCUCCUCCUCGCCGGGCUUGGGGCGCCAGCGGAGCUCGCCCACCAGUCUGGACCGGAAUCGCCCCGUGGGUUCAGAGUUGAACACAUUUUUGGAUGAUCCAGAAUUUGCCAAUGUUAUAUUGAAAGCGGAGCAAGCAAUAGAGUUUGAAGUUUAUCCAGAAAGAAUCUCUCAAGGUUCAAGUGGAAGUUACUUUGUGAAGGAUCCUAAGAGGAAAAUUAUUGGUGUGUUUAAACCCAAAUCAGAAGAGCCUUAUGGUCACCUGAAUCCGAAAUGGACCAAAUACGUUCACAAGGUCUGCUGCCCUUGCUGCUUUGGCAGGGGCUGCCUGCUUCCUAACCAGGGAUACCUUUCUGAAGCUGGUGCCUACCUUGUGGACGAAAAGCUUCAUCUGGGCAUUGUGCCAAAAACAAGGGUGGUUUGGCUUGUCAGUGAGACAUUUAACUACAGUGCAAUUGACCGUGCAAAAUCUAGAGGCAAAAAGUAUGCUUUAGAGAAAGUGCCAAAAGUAGGUAGAAAAUUUCAUCGGAUAGGACUUCCUCCUAAGAUUGGUUCCUUUCAGUUAUUUGUUGAAGGUUACAAGGAGGCCGAAUGUUGGCUUAGGAAAUUUGAAGCUGACCCUUUGCCUGAGAAUAUUAGAAAACAGUUUCAGUCACAGUUUGAAAGAUUAGUUGUUUUGGAUUAUAUCAUCAGAAAUACAGACAGGGGAAAUGAUAACUGGUUAAUCAGAUGUGAAAAGCAGACACAUGAAGAUGAAAUUACGGAUACAAAAUGGCCUGAUGAUAAAGAAACACUUAUUAAAAUAGCUGCAAUUGAUAACGGUCUAGCGUUUCCUUUUAAACAUCCUGAUGAGUGGAGAGCAUAUCCAUUUCACUGGGCUUGGCUUCCUCAAGCAAAAGUUCCUUUUUCUGAAGAAAUAAAAAACUUGGUUCUGCCAUAUAUUUCAGACAUGAACUUUGUGCAAGAUUUAUGUGAAGAUCUUUAUGAACUUUUUAAGAUUGACAGAAAUUUUGACAAAGCCACUUUUGAAAAGCAGAUGUCUGUGAUGAGGGGUCAGAUCUUAAACCUCACUCAGGCACUGAGAGACAGGAAGACUCCUGUCCAGCUGGUGCAGAUGCCUUGUGUGGUUGUGGAGCGCAGUCAGGGUGGAGGGCAGGGUCGGAUCGUCCAGCUCAGCAAUUCAUUCACCCAAACUGUCCACUGCAGGAAGCCAUUUUUUUCCUCCUGGUAG